CAGUGUCAGCCGGUCAGGAGGAGAAGCAGGCAGGGAUGUCCCGGCGAGGAGACAACCCCCUGGAAGACCUCCCCUUCGCCCCAGUCUUUCAUCCCCAGCCGAGGACGCGAGCAGCGGCGCCACAGUCCCAGGUACAAGACAGGCUCCUCUCUCCGCCCCACGCCCCUCAAGACUGGACUAAGCCGGGAAGAAGCAUCAGUGAAGAGGGAAUCACUCGUCUCCGCCCCCGUCACAGCCCCAGCCCGCCCACCGCCAGCCCGCACACCCACCACCACAGCCGCCGCCACUCCCCUGACCCGCCGCCUCACCCCGUCUGCCGUGAACCCUCCACUGUUAAGGUGUACGUUGACCUCGACUCCGGGUCAUGCUACAAGCCGCCCCGCCCACCCAAGGCCGACCCGCCCCGCCCCAACCCUGAGUCACCCCGCGGCCCGUCCUGGCAGUCGAGUCCCUUUGUGGAGAACGAAGAGCCGCCCACUGCCGCGCGGAUGAGGAUCAAGGGUGACAGGGAGAAGAUGACGAUGCGCAGCGAAGCUUUGCGGUACUGGCGCUCCAUCCAUAACAAGUACUCGCUGCUGAAUGGGUUCAACAAGCAGCGUCGGUCUGCGCUGAUCAAGAAGCACCGGCAGCGGGUGAAGGAGCGGAACCACCUGUCCAUCUUCUUCGUGCUGGUGUUCAUGCUGGUGUUCGUGACCAUCUUGGUGGCAGAGGUGUUCUUCAUCGACGAGCACCGCACCGGCAUGCUCUUCUCCAGCAAGCGCACCUCGGAGUUCGACUCUCUGGGGGACAUCCCUGACUACUUCAUGGACGACAAGAAGCUGGUGGGGCAGCUGGAGAUCGACACGUACCGCAGGCAGGAGCUGUCCGUCAAGGCCAAGACAGGGAACGAGGAGCGCUUCUUCCGCAAGAAUGUGGACGAGACACACUUGAUGGCACGCGUCACCGGCAACCUGGUGCAGUCUGUGCAGGGCCUGGCCAAGGCGGACUGGCUGGCCUCGCUGGGCCUCACGCACGUCACCUUCUUCGGCGCCAACAGCACCGCUACGGACGCGGAGUGGCAUCCGGUGUCCCACACGCGGCACAAGUUCUUCGUAUACUCGGCGUUCUACGAUGACCGCAAGGGCCGCAUCAUCCGCGUGGUGGGCGCCACGCAGACCAAGAAGAGCGACCGUGUGUGGUGCAAAUACUGGUACUCCAACUCCAGCACGCUCAUCGUCAACGGCGCCAUCAAGAUCAUCCGCGAGAACUGGAACCUCAAGUUCUCAGCGUGCUUCAUCGCCUGCCCGCUCACCAUCUACCGCAACGGCAAGCAACCCAUCCCGCCCCCGGAGAGCGUGUCGCUGAUGGCAGACCCCGGCGGCAACGCCACCAACAAGCUGCGCGUGCUGAACCUGGACGUGGCGAAGGAGGAGGUGCGCGACACGUUCGCGGUGUGUGUCAAGCCGCUGCACUUUGACUACAACAACGUGAACCAGAUGAUAGAGUUCAUCGAGUUGAAUCGCAUCCUGGGCGUGGAGCACUUCACCCUGUACAACCACACGGUGGGGCCCGGCGUGGACUGCGUGCUGCGCCACUACGUCUCGGAGGGCGUGGUCACCAUCCUGCCCUGGAAGCUGGACAUCAAGUCACAGAAGGAGAUCCGCACGGAGGGUCUGUUCGCGGCGCUCAACGACUGCCUGUACCGCCUCAUGUACCGCCACCGCUACGUGCUCAUGAUUGACCUGGAUGAGUACAUCGUGCCACACGCCAACCUCACACUGCCGCACCUCCUCCACUACCUCCACACCAAGGCAGACGCCAACAAGGUGGGCGCCGUCAGCUUCCAGAACUCCUUCUUCUAUCUACAGUGGCCCGACGACCCCAACAGCGCCUCCCUGCCGCCCCUGGUCACCCUUCGGAAGACUCGUCGUCGUCAGAGGUUCCACCCACACAAGCAACGCUCCAAAUACAUCGCCGUGACGCCCAACGUGGUGGAGGCCGGCAACCACUUCGUCUGGGAGUUCCUGGCUGGCCGAGGAACCCUAAAUGUGCCCAAUGAGGUAGCUUUCCUUCACCACUACCGCGUGUGUGAGUUUGGCGGGGACGACUGUGUGAGGAACCCGCGCAUCACUGACACCUCCAUGUAUCGCUAUAAGGAUCAGCUCAUCUCCGCCUUCACCUCCACUCUCCGCCGCCUCUCCUCCACCUGUCCCUUCGAUGCCAAAGAGAAGGCUGUGUGGACGCUUGGGUGAAAGAAUAGUGGUGGUGAUGUUGGUGUUUGGUUGUUACGGUGUGUGUUUGUGCUUUCACCCUCAUGACGGAGGAGGAGGAGGAGGAGGAGGAGGAGGAGGAGGAGGAGGAGGAGGAGGAGGAGCAGUUACUUCUCUCCUGACUAAGCGAGUUAUGUUAAAAAAAAAGCGUCUUUCUCAAUAUUUGUAAUGCAAUGUGGACUGGAUCUAUUUUUUUUACUCUCUCUCUCUCUCUCUCUCUCUCUCUCUCUCUCUCUCUCUCUCUCUCUCUCUCUCUCUCUCUCUCUGUUGUUUACAUCGAUGAGCUGUCCGCGUGCUGUGUGCUUUCAAGGCCUCAGCUAUGCAAUGUUUGUUUACAUGUGUUAGCUAACCACGUGCUGUUUGUUUACGUGUAUCACCUGUCCACGUGUUAUUGUUUACAUGUAUCAUCUGUCCACGUGUUAUUGUUUACGUGUCAUAGUUCGCCACGUGGUCCUGUUUACACGCAUCAGCUGAUCACGCCACGUUUACUGACCUGAAGACAGUGUUAUACCUCGACACACACACACACACACACACACACACAGUAUACGCUCAAGAUUCACUACUCGACAGGCAAUCCAAGAGCAUCAUUACAGUGAGACUUUUUAGCGGGAAAUAGAGAGGAAGAAAGGUGAUUAACUCAUAUCAAAUUGGUACUGGGUUUGUAAUGAAAGGGUUUUGUUUGCGGUAAUGAUGGGAAUGAUGGGACUAAUGAUAGCAAUGGUUGGGUUUUACUUUUAUAUUCUAUGGUAAAGGUUGAUCAUGUGUAUUUUUUCCCAUUUUCUUUGUGUCUCUGUCUGUGUGUUUUUUUUUUUUUCUCUCUCUCUCCCUCUCUCUGUCUGUCUCUUUCUCGUUGUCUGUUCUCUCUCUCUCUCUCUCUCUCUCUCUCUCUCUCUCUCUCUCUCUCUCUCUCUCUCUCUCUCUCUCUCUCUUCAUAUCACUAGAAUUUUUUUACAGAAGCACAAAUCUUUUAAAACAUUUGCCUCAUCGCUAGCUUAAAAUGACUACUACUACUACUACUACUACUACUACUACUACUACUACUACCACUGCUACUGCUGCUGUCAUUCUACAUAUUAGCACUGUUGCAAAUGGUACUGCUUCUGCCACUGCUACCUACUACUACUACUACUACUACUACUACUACUAUUAAUCACUGCCUCUUCAUCACAACCACCAUUAUUCCAAUCCGAUUUAUAGUUUAUCAUCACCAACACCUUCCUAACUACCACUAUCACCAUCAUCACCAUCUCAUCACCAUCACGCGGCUAUUUCUCACUGCCACUGCGUCAUCACCAUCACCGCUUCCAUCACCAGUUAUGUAUAUUGUCAUCACCAUCAACACCACCAUCACCACUAUCACAUCACCACUCAUGCUCAUUAUCAGCACCAUCUUCAUUAGUAGUAGUAGUAGUAGUAGUAGUGGUGGUGGUGGUGAUAGUGGUGGUGGUGAGUGUUACAGUGACAGUAGUGGUGAAUCACAAUCAUAGAUAUUAAUUACAAUCUUAUCACCACCACCACAACCACCACCACCACUACCACCACCACCACCAUCACACUUACAACGAACAUCUGGUAUCACUUUUCACGUAUACUUUUUGUCACUUUGCAGGAGAGGCUAGAGUUAAGUGGUUCUGAAGUGCAACAGUAGUAGUAGUAGUAGCAGUAGUAGUAGUAGUAGUAAUAGCAGUAGUAGUGACGGUGGUAAGAAACUGACUACUUUAUAAUCGCGCAAUCUUCAAUCAUUCACUUACUCACCACAUCCACUCAUCAUACGCCCGAGCACCUCCACUCACUCACUGGCAGAGAAAGGAAAAAAAGAAGAAAAAUUGAAAAAGUGACCGUGAUGAAAAUGAACCAUAAUACAGACACACCCACGCUUGUAGCAAAACCUCUUCACCUAUUUCAUGUUCCCCGAUUGGACGUAAACACACUUAAUUAUCUCAGGUAUGGGAAGAAUUCGUUAUCUCUCGCUCACUUCACCCUAAAAUAACUGGAGUUCAUAAAUGUUCGUUGUCUUCUUCCAUAUUGAUUCGUGUGGGAAAGUCGACAUUGCUUUUUUUUUUUCUUUUUUCUUUUUUUAUGAGUGUUUGUGUGGAUGGUUUUCGGGCACACGUUCCAUUUUCUGUAUGUUUCUCCACACGAGUGUUCAUCGAUCGCUUGGCACGGGGCGGCCUGACCUCGCCUGACCUCGCCUGACCUGACCCCCCCCACCCCCCGCUGCGGCAAGGUGCUGACCAUGCGUCGUAUUUACGGGAUGUUUUACAAUCAAAAGCUGACAAAUUUAUACCACAAACAGAAAUAUAGAAAGGACAAUAAUAAUAAAAAGUGCUUGGAUA